GCCAUCGCGCUUCAUCCCUCUCUCCCCUCUGCCCCUUGCUCCGCGCGACCGCGCUCUGGCCUUUUCUUUCCUCUCCCUCCCCCUCCCUCUCUUCUCUCGCCGCCCUUCCUUCGCCCGCUGCCGCUGUCCAUUUCGAACCAUGUUUAGCUCCCAGCAAGAGCAGCCAAAGGAUGAGCAUCUCUUCAACCGCGACCCCACCCCCUAUUUCAAGCUGCUCGAGCGUGUAGGAAAGGGGUCCUUCGGUCAUGUUCGCAAGGCGCGCGUGCUGGCCAACAACUCGCUGGCCGCCAUCAAAAUCGUGGACCUAGAACCGGGCGAGGAUAUCCGCCCGGUUUUGCAUGAGGUCAACAUCAUGUGUCAGUGCACCCACAACAACAUUGUCCGCUACCUCGGCAGCUUCCUCUUCAACCCGAGCGCUCCGACCGAUCAGCUCUGGAUCAUCAUGGAGUUCUGCGCGGGCGGCUCGCUGGAGGCCAUCUACCGUGCCUCCAAAAAGCCCUUCACCGAGCCGCAGAUUCGCCAUAUCAUGCACGACGCCAUCUCCGGUCUUGAGUACCUCCACUCGCUUGGCAAGAUGCACCGCGACUUGAAGGGUGGCAACCUUCUGAUUACCGACAGCGGCGUGGUUAAGCUUGCUGAUUUCGGCGUCAGUGCCAAGCUCACAAACACCCUGUCCAAGCGGCAGUCCGUCAUCGGCUCCCCAUACUGGAUGGCACCCGAGGUGAUCCAAGCCGACGAGAAUACCUCGCCAUAUGAUGAGAAGGCCGACAUCUGGUCCAUUGGUGUCACGGCCAUCGAGUUGUCCCAAUGCGGGCCGCCCCUGUUCGAUUUGCACCCGAUGCGCGCUCUCUUCCUCAUCCCCAAGAACAAGGCUCCCACCUUGACCGAGGCGUCCAAGUGGUCCUCCGACUUCAACAGCUUCAUCCAGGCUACUGUCAAUAAGAACCCGAAGAAGCGCCAGUCGGCGGCUGAGCUUCUCCGUCACCCCUUCCUCACCGGGCUUGACGAAGAGCGACCUCUCAUGCGAGCCAUGGUCAACGAGCACUUCCUGGCCAGCGGCAAGAAGCGCACCACGGCCACGGACUCGGCCGCCGCCGCCAGCCCGGGACAUGUGCGCAAGGAUGUCGCCAAGACCCUGCGCACACGCCCGGUGUCCACCGCCCUGCCCAGUGCCACGGAUGGUGAUGACAACGGGGGCGCCGGAGAUGCAGCCUCGCGCGGGAGCAAGCGCGAGCCGCCGUCCUCGGAGGACAUGACCCGGCUCAUCGCUUCCAUGCGCAAUGCCGGCUUCUCCAGCGAGGACAGUGUCGAGGCCCUUCGUCGGAAUAACUUCGACCUGAACUCGGCCAUCUUCGACCUCCUGGAGCGCGGCGUUGCCACCAAGCCUCUGCGCGCCGGGCCACAGAGGUCCGUGUCAACGCGGAGCAGCGUGCGGCCGCCGCUCAACCUGGCCGAGUGCUCAACGCGAUAUGUGAUGGAGCGUAUUUGCACCCUGCGCAAGGACAUUUUCCUGUGCGGCGAUGUGUGGGAAUCGCAGAAGAUCCUCUUCCUCGGAUCGGAUGUGGGGCUUGUGUGUCUGGACUUCUCGGCCACCCGGGAGAAGCGCACCACCUUCCUGAGCGAGCGCCCCUAUCGGCAGCUGUUUGUCCUCAAUGACCUACAAAUCAUGAUCUCCCUGUCGGGCAAGUCGCGCAGCGUUUGCAUCUACGAUCUGGCCGAUUUGACGCCGGACAACAUCCACUCCUUCCCCUCUCAGAUCGGCAACAAGUCCGGCUUUGAGGCCCACACUCGCGUGACCAAGUUCCUCGGCUGGCGCGGUGUGGACCACAUCGCCAUCGAGCGCCAGGGAAGCCAGAUUUUCCUGAUCGCCCGGCGUGGACGCACCAUCACCAUCUGCCGGUGGGCUCCGGCCCCAUACAGUCGCUUCAUGCUCGAGAAGACCAUUAGCUCCUUCGGGCCGGAGUACAAGAAGAUCUCCUCCCAGGGGCACCCUUCGAACAUUGUGUCCGGAGACCGGCGCGACCGGAUUGCCCUUCUGUUGGACAGCGCCACCCAGCGCGGCGAGCCGAUUGUCUUCAGUCCGCAUCGGGAUCAAUUCAUCCUGGGGCAGAGUGACAAAGAGGCCCACCGACUCAUCUCCUUCCCCCCACCGGAGCAAACACUGGCGGCCCCAGUUCCAAUCCCCGCUCCUCAGGCCAUCGCGGCUCUGGGCUUCGAGGAUUGUGCUCUGCUUUGCUUUGAGACCUUUGCCAUCCGCGUGGAUCAUCAUGGCAUCCCCUUGGACCACCCGCCGAUCAUCUUCCAAAACCCGAUCGUCGAUGCGAUCAAGGUUGCCCUUGACGCCUUCCUGGUGAUCAACCGCGACUGCACGGUGACCCUCUUCUACUUGGAAAAGGGCCUUAGCAUCUUGACAUUCAACAACACCAAUGAGAAGAACAAGAUUGCCCCCAUCUGCCGGAGGGGACCGCAAGCCUUGCUCAUCCGGUAUAUCGGCACCUCGGCCCAGGAUAAGACCUCCUCCGGGAACAUUUCGAUCUACGCUCUGAAUGACAACUCGUACACGGUCCCCCAGCCACCGCCGGUGCUCACCACCCCGCAGUCUCCGUCCUCCUGAGGCUUCCUCCCCCGUCCGAUGGACCGUGCCAUCCCGUCCUGCUGCCCCUCCGCCCCCUCCCUCUCCCCCUCCUUCGCUCCUCCCCUUCCUCCGCAUGUACCUUUCCUCUCCUGUCCACCUUGGCCCUUUGUCUGUGCCAAUUCGUGCAGCGGAGUGCCCCCUUGACCUUGUUUCCUUUCUCCCUACUCCUCCUCGGGGGAGCCCUCGGGACAUGGCUGCCAAGAUGAUUGUGCCGCUGAUCUUCCCCUCCCCCCGUUGCUUCUCCUCCUGCUCAUCGCGCGCCGUCCCCUCUCCUCGGGCGCGAAAGCGCGCCCGUGUGUACAAUAGAAAAAUCCUCGCACAAAACGCA